UUUUAAAAUUGUUGCUUUAAAAUUUAUCCUGUACAACAGUAAGUAUGAUUUUUGUCCUGGUGAUUUUUAUCAAUCUAGGGCAUCUCUUUCCUAUGGGCCAAUAUGUUUAAUCAUAUUAAACUCGUUUUGCAAUUUGUCACUUUAACAAUACCAUAACCCACUGGGUAUUUUGUACUAGUCUACCUACAAAGUUAUGUUUAUACAAAUGGUAUAGAUUCAUGUUUAUGAAUGAAUGGAUUUAUACAGUGGCGGACAAACUUUAACUCAAUUCGACCUGACACUCGAAAGGAUUGAACUAGGUUUUGGAUUAUGUCAUUAAGAAGAUUAAAGCAGAUAAUUGGAUAUGAUUAACAAAAUGGAGCACAAAACAGCCAUUGGCCUAGGAAGUGGGCAGGCAUGUCGAGAGUCUACAUAUCAAAAGCCACCCUUACGUAGAUUGGAGUUUUUACUGAUGCUGAAUAAUAUAGCCAGUGACCUUGACCUGCUGCUGAAUGACCUUUGCCAUAUUUAUCCAUAUCCUGUGACAGCAGAAAGAAAGUUUACAACAUUUGGUAAGGGACAGACAUAUACAGAUAGUAGUCCUGGCUUUGGGGAAGACAGUGCAUUUGGAACUCUGGCCUCCACAGAUAGCUACAACUGUGAACAAAAACCCAGGAGUGAUUCUGUUCUAUCAGGUCAUCUGGAUGUCUUUAGUCUGGAUCACUCACCCAAAGCAUUAGAAAUUCCCUCCUAUCCAGACAAUGGCAGUGAUCCUUUGUCAGACUCUGAUCAUCGUCCAAUCAACUUCUUAGAGAGACUGUCAAAAACACACCCAAUAUGGCUGCUCUCAGAAAUUGGCAGAUCUGGAGCAGUCCAUUUACUGAAGGACAGGGAAAUUGGGACAUUUAUAAUCCGGAACUCCAGCCAACCUAACACUUAUGCUUUGUCAGCUCAGUUUCCUACAAGAAGUGGUGCUAAUGUUGAUCAUUACUUGAUUGAGAACAUUAGAGAUGGCUACAGGGUUCAGGGGUCAAGCCAUAUAUUUUCUGAUCUCACAAAAUUGGUUGCAUUUUAUCAUGAAAAUUUAGAGGAAUUACCUCAUCGACUAGUGCUGCCACCUACAAUAAGAAGAGCAAAAACUCUUCAGGAAUUAACAUCAUUAUCAUUAUUAGGACAAGAUUUUUGGACAUCAUAUCGAUUUGACAAAGGAUCCAAUUUAUCACUGUCCUUCCAAGGAUCUAAUAAUUCAUUAUCUACUCCAAUGAGAUGUGAACCUUUACAUAAAUCUAGAAGUGAACCAAUUAAUAUCACAAGUGCUAAACAUUAUAAGAAACAAAGACUAGGUCAAUCUUUAUCAACACAGUGUUUUAAAGAACCACUUUCAAGCCAGUCUGAAGAAAGCUUGACAGGUAGUCAUACAAAUAUUCAUCAGAAAUCAUCACCCGUAAAGUUCCAUCUAAAUCGGGAUGGAACAGUUGUGUCGUCUCCCAACAUUCAUCAUUCAGCAUUAGGACGGAGAAAAACAUCAGAAGGCAGUAUAUGUGAAAAGUGUCAGUCAAAUAAACAAAUGGAUGAUAAUUGGUCAUCAGGAAAUUCUAGUGAUGGAGUAAAUUCUAAAACCCAUCCUCGUGUUUCUAAACAGAAAUCAAACUUAUAUUUUACAACUUCCUUAGAUUUGCUAAAUAUCCCAGAUAAUCAGUAUUUUAAAAGUAGUUUAUCAGAUAAAAUGAGUGAUUAUGAAGACGUUUGGCGAUCAUCAUCUUGUGCUACUCCUAUUUCUUCUGUUCAAGGUAAAACAAAAAGACAUAAGUGUAAAAGAACCAAUCCUUAUCCUAAAGUAGCGGAAAAAUCAACAGUUACAUCACCUACUCUUUUAAACAAUGCAAUCAGUGUUAUACGAUCGGAAAAUAAAAUUCAGACUUGUAUUCAAAACAACUUGCAUACAGAUGCAGGAGUUCAAACAACACAUUCAGGUUCGAUCUCUCAACGAAUACUUAGGAAAUCUGUAUCAUUAGAUAUACAAAAUACUCAAGAUAAACUUGGAGAAUCAUUUAGAUCAGACAAAAUUGUGAGUGCUACAAUAUCUGCUACAAUAUCAACUCAAACAAGUCCAGUUAAAGUAAUAUCUAAACCAAAACCAUUGAAAAAUAUCGUUGAUAAAGAGUCUAGUGCAUCUAAUAGUUCUAAGUCUGGUAUUAAAAGCCCUGUUUAUGCAGAACCAUUUGAUGCGUUAGAAGCCAAUGAAGAUGAGCAUGGUAAUCUUGUUCGCAUAAGGAGACGAUCAGCUCCAUCUAUGGGACUAAGUGGAAGAAAAGCGAAAGGUGUUUCACAGGGUCCUAACUUAGAAACUAUUAUGUCCCCUGGUUAUGAAAGUCAGGAAAACUAUGAUUUUGAAUAUAAUUUAAGUAAUGGUGCUAAUCCUAACGAUUCUGAAGUUUUGGAGAGAAUUCCUGCUCCGAUGCGACGAUCUCAUAGUAUGAAAGAGCGAUCAAGUCAAAAUACUGAUAAUAACAUGACAGUUCUUGAUAGAGAAAGUAUUAAACAUGUGGCUAGUGAACUAGAAAAACUACACAUCGCUAAAGGAUCAAAUGUAAAUAAACUACAAAGUGGAUAUAGUCAAUUUAAGGAGGAUACCAUGUUUGACGAUUGUGAUGAUCAAGAACAAGUAACUCCUACAUUAAGGAGGUUCCCUGUUUAUAAACCGUCUAAAUUAAACGAUGCUUCAAGACAUUCUAUGUUUUCAGAACUAUCAACAGUGGAAGAUCUUAUAUCUAGUGUGAAUCCACAAUUAACAGUGAAACCUUUACAACAAAUCCCAAACAUUAUUUACAGUGGUGCUAUGUCAGAAUAUGAUAAUCUUACAAGUCACUAUGCACCUGUAUCAACUAGGUCUAAUGCAGAAACUGAAUUCUGUGCACCCUGGGAUAAAACAUUUUAUGGUUCUCUUUUAAAUUGUGAUCCUAAAUCAGUACCACAGAUGGACCUUCAUUCACGAAUCUUAGCCUGGCAAAAAGACACUCUUCACCUAGAUCAGCGAUCUCCUGGUGAUCGCAGUAGUUGUCACUCUGAUUCCACUCUGGUGGGUGAUUCAGAUGAGGAUGUGAUAGAUACUCAUGAUUUAAUUCUCCAGCCUCUAUCUUCAGGAAGCAGUUUAGACAAUUUAACUGAUCUAGAAGAUAGACCGAAAAAUCGCCAAUCAAAACAUGUUUCUUCUGAUGAUCAUAAAACCACUGGUAAAUGUGUUCAGACAGACCCUCAGGGUCCAGAUCACAAAGAUGGACAGCAACACAACAAAAAAGAGAAAAGAAAAGAAGACACUCCAGAAUACAAAAUCAGAGAGUAUAUAUGCAGAUUGUCUCAAGACAGAAAUACAACAUUUGGUAGUACUAUAGAGAACUUUAUACAGUGUACAUUGGAAAGUCAAGAAACUAAUCCUCAUUUUGUCACUAGAAAUGUAAGACAGUUUAUGACAGGAAUAAAGAAUUAUCUAGUAAAGCAUGGAGAAGGAGAACUAGACGACAUUAUACAGAAGGAAAGAAUGAAUCUGAAUCCCAAUGAAAUAUUAAACAUAGAUGGUAUUAUAGAAAAAGCCUUGCAUGUUUGUGUACUGCGACCUCUGAAGCACCACAUAUACAGAUUGUUUGUGGAAGAAUAUACAAGGAAUGGAAGUUUACCCUCUUUAUCCAGGAACAUUAAAUAUGCCAGAAGUAAAACACCAGUAGAAAUAGGUCUCAGGAGUGGUGCAUUAGUUCCAAACAAUUCACAAAUGGAGAAAAUCAGAUUCCAUCUUACAAAGAUGCAGAAGGCCUAUUCUCCCCUGAAGAAGUUAGAACAUCUUUUACAAGCUACACAGUGUAUCUAUCAAUGUUUGAAUGGCAAUACUAAUGAAGCUGUACAAGGACCAGUGGCUGUUGGGGCAGAUGACUUCUUGCCAAUGUUGAUUUAUGUAGUAGUGCAUUGUGGGAUAAUUGCAGCUGAAAUAGAGGCUGACUACAUGUGGGAUCUGAUAAAUCCAGCUGUUAUGAACACAGAAGGAGGAUAUUAUCUGACUUCAUUAAAUAGUGCUGUAUUGGUUCUGAAAAACUUUAAAGAAAUGCAGGAAGCCCAAAAUACCCAACAUGAGAGUCGUUUACCCAGUAUUAGUGACAUGCAAGGUUUUCUGAAGAUUGCCAUCCCAGAUGAACUGAGAGACUCCAUCAUUUGGAAAACUUUACCUGUUAGACCUAAUAUGAAUACUCGAGAUGUUUGUUCCAUGAUUGCACACAAAUUCAAAAUAACAAACCCUCAGGAUUACGGGUUUUAUUACAUAGUGAGGGGAGUAGAAACAAAACUGAAUGACAGUCAUUGUCCUCAAGAUUUGAAAACAGAAAUCAUGUUAAAAAAUCAAGACUGUGUAUUUGCUUACAAGAGACUUGCAUCAAACAUUGCAUGGCCACUAUCUGUGAAGAAGUAAACAGCCAGUAUUACAUCUUGUAGUAUGGAUGGUCUUUCUUGUUAUUAUGACAGCAUAGUGUUACUCUAAAUAAAUGUUAUCAUGCAUACUAGCUAAGUGAUAGAUCAGUAUUACCAGUUGAGCAAAUACUUAAGUUUUUCAUGCUAAUGUUUUUCUAGAAAAAAAAGGUUGUAUUACAAAUGUUGUAUGACACUAGUUAUAGGUACCAGUACCAUUAAAAACUGAAUUAUUGUUUUGUUUUAGAUUUUAUAUUUAUUUUCUGUUUAUUGCUGUAGGGUUACUACAUUUACAUAAAUCAAAAAUCAAAACUAGUUUAGUUUAUAACUGUUCAAGUUAUUGUCUUUGUUGUGAAAAAGGACAUUUUUCAUGCAUAAUUAUUGUUAAUUUUUUUAAACUACUUAGUUCAAAUUUUAUUAUAUACAAGCAAAGUGCUGUUGAUUCAUAAUUUUUAGUAAUGUGAUUUAAUUAUUUUGAUAUGUUAGAUUUAAGUAACUGUUACAUUAAGUCCACGCUUUUGAGUUAGAGUAAGCAAACUUCAACUACAUUUAUUCAAGAGACUUUGACUAUUUUGAAAACCAUCGGAUUUAAAUGAUUUUCAAGUAGCAGGUUCAGUUUCAAUUUUUUUUCCAAUAACAAGAGAACAAUAGCCAACUCCAAUGACUUAAGUUAGGUUUUAUAUACAAUAUUUAGAACAUGUUAAACACCUUGUUGUUAGGUGCUUAAGUUGGAAAGGAAUUUUACAAACUUGGUCUGCUGAGACCUUUUGUUCAAGAUGAAGACUGCAGAUAAUAGUGACUAUUAACUGGGCAUUUUUAAAAACUAGAUUGUGUUUAAUUACUGUUUGUUCGUUCAAAAUUGUAAUGGUUUUUUUUUGCAAGGUUGUAUCCAAUAGUUUUAGAAAUGCAGAAUUUAGUCAAUUAUUUGUAUUGACAAUCAUAUUCAAAGGAACACUUAGGUAAAACAGAAAUAAUUUUUAGUUUCCACUUUCAAAAACAGUAUGUUAUUUAUGUCAUUUAUGUCCUUGUUAAUAUAAAUUUUGUCAUUUGAACAUCAGAUUAAAAAUAUAGGUUAAGGGGAGGUAAUAUGGUUAUAUAAGGGAGAUAAUCAGCAUUAUGUUGGUGCUUUUGGCUUCUCAGCUUCAUCUUUCAGCAUUAUUGUGCCAUUUUAUAUGUUGUGCCAUACCAAAUGUAAAUAGACCCUAUUUAAUUGUUAUAUAUU